AUGAGAUUAAAAACCGAUAUAUCAGUUACAUUUACAAUGUAAACACAAAUGGGCACAAUGAUAUUUCGGAAAAUAAACCUGACUAACUCCAUUUUUGAUUAAUAAUCAUACAUGAUUUUUUAUUUUUCGGAAUUUUCUAACAGGGAAAAAGACGCGUACUAAGAAAGAUAACUCGAUAAAGACGGAAUGGAAACCAGACAACCAGAAGAUCACGUGAGCACUUUUCAACCGAUUCACCCAGCAGGAAUCACCAAUGAGAGCCAGACACCGUCUACAGGCGAAGAUGUAUUGCAAAACAUUUCGCCCAUUGAACAUGAUAGCACCUUAGAUAACCCAAUAAGUACUGAAGAGUUCGAAACCUGGAUAGAGAACAUUUCUAGAACUCCACAUGACCUUGAUCAGGAAAACAUUGAUUCUGCUGAAUCGGACAGAAUUGGAGAUAACGUGUCAGCUAAUGAAAAUACUAGUAUAUUGGUAGACAUUCCGGACCUGAAUCUGGGUGAUACUGCCGAAAACCCGUCCAUUCUGGAAACUUCACUGAUCUCAGAAAACCGGAAUCAGAUUGAGUUUGGGAAUGAUGAAUUCUCACCUAUGAAAUGUCCGAUAUUUCGGACAGAGCUAGGGGGAGCCACAGUUACUGAAUGCGGCCUGUGCAUGUGCUCACAUUGUUUCAGUCAAAGAAAAGACGAUCUUGAUGAGCUGUGUAAUGUCUGUGGCAAAUCUAUCAGUUCACACCACAUCGUAGAAAUGGAAAAAGCCAGUGAGAAUAUCCUAAGAUCGCAUUACUUAACUAUUGAACAACUGGAAGAUACGGAACAUGUACUUACACAAGAUGUCAGAAAGCAACAGGAAGAGAUUGAACAAGAACAAAGCCAAAAUCAAAGACUUCAAGCUGCGCUUUUUGACACCGAACAAGACGUAUGUCGUCUCAAUGCCGAAAAUGAACAACUGCAAAUAUUUCAAUACUUGUGUUUUACACAAGCAAGUGAACUUCAAAACUACCGCGAGUACAUCGUCCCGAGCAAAGAUAAAACCAUAGAAGAACUUCAAACUGAAGUGGCAACAUUAAAAGGACAUUUGCAUGAAAAGCAUGUUGAAACGGAGCAGCUGAUGAAUCACAUUGGGACGUUAGAUGAUGAAAUCGCUACUCUUCGGCGGUUAACUGUAUCAAUAAGUGAACUGGAGGUGUCGUCAGAAGGAAAACUUGGUCGAGCCAUCCAGCAGCUUCAACAUUUUUAUGACAGAGACUAUCGUUCAAGACAUGAUAUUACAGACAAGAUGGACGUUCUAUUACAGACUCGGCUGGAAACUGUUUUAAGCGAACUUAGUCAACAGCAGGCAGUUGGAGAUCAACUUGCCUCAGUAAUUAUGACGUACACAAGCAUGGUCCAGGAGAAUGCAAAUUUACAUCGAGGUAUGAGAACGAAACAAGACAAGAUUCAAGAUUUGCAAGUAGAGUUACGUCACACGAAAGCAAGAAAUGUUUCGCCAUAAGAGCUCCGUAUAGAGUCUGACACCAUUUCAAUGGAGGCUUAUGAAAAUCCGGUUUACUAUUUUAAUCAUGUUACUUUGAUUGAAACAUUGUGAGAUGGAAUUACGGCAAAAUACCUUGAAUAAUAGUGUAUCCCGGUGAAAAAUUACUGAACACAUGGAAAGGAAAUGUUGAUAUUUAUUUUCUUUUUCCGACAUUUAAUAAACUUUAUCAUUGCAUAUUUUAUCACUUUCAACUGUGAACGGAAUAUAUAGAGGAUAUUUGUUUGUUUUGCAUGUAAGAUUGAAAUAUAAUUUCACUGAGUGAACACCAGAUGCAAUAUUUUCACGAGUGGCGUAGCCACGAGUGAAAAUAUAAUAGCUGGUGUUCACGAAUGAAAUAUAUUUCAAUCUUAUA